GCAACACUGAUCAGCUGAACUCUGCUGGCUGAAGCUGAACUGUAUAUUCGGAGUUAAACCUCAAUUAUUUUUGUAAUGUUUAUUUUAAAGUUUUACAAUUAUUUAACAAAGUGUAAUAACAGUUUUAGCAUAAAAUGACAUUUUGUGAACAAAGGAAGGAGUUAGAAGUAGUCACCCGCAAUCAAAGCCUUAAUAAGUACAUACAACACGAUGUCUCUAGAAACGUUGCCUCCUGAAAUAUUAGGCAUCAUAGCGAGGAAACUAGACACAAAGUCUGCACAUAACUUGUAUGAAGUGUGUCAAGAUGCGAGAGAUGCGAUCAGUGUCCCUGGAACGAUAAAGGAAUGCCAAUUUUCACUAAACACCUUAGCUACAGCCCAGUCAUUACGAUCCCACUUCUUCUUGGAAAUUGCAAGUAAUUUGAAAGUCUUGAAUCUAAGCGGUGUCCACGACCUGACUAAAACAUCCCUCAAGCAAGCGGUGAGAAAGCUCAAAAAUUUAACUUCUCUCGAUGUAAGCUACACAAAUAUAGUGUUGCCAGAUUAUGUGGUUAUUUAUAAAAUGUUGCCAGCAUUGAAUACCCUAGCAAUCAAUUAUGACUAUGGGGAGGGAUGCCAUUUCCGCAAAGAAUUGUUCAAUACUUUUCAAGACUCAUUCCAGGGGCUGAAAAACAUUCACUUUGUUGGUGCAGCAAUUGAGUUGCUGGCAUCAGAUGUCCCAUUGUGGCUGCUGAGCAAGGCUGACCUUGACUGUUUGACAUUGACAAUGAUAUCUAAGAAAGUCUCAAUAGCUCUUUCCCCGUGGGGUCAACUGAAGAAACAUGAUUAUUCCGUUUUGGAAAGGAUAUCAUGUCUGAAAAUGUUUUUCAUGCCAGACCCUAUUCACGACUUUAUUUAUGAAAGCACUUUGUUCAAACAUUUUGAUAUUAUUAAUUACGAGGUGUUAGUGUUCCAAAGUCAAAUGUCUCUGUUAUUACUUGGGACUCCAUUAUUGCGGACAUUCAUACAAGAAGAGUUCCAAACAGAUGUGUUUCCGUUAACCGAUUUGAAAUCAAUGCGUUAUGGAGAUGUUGCCUUCAUGUUCUGGAGUAAAAAGAGCACUUGCUUCGAUGAUAAUUUUUUCUCAAGACUAACAUCAAUGGUUAAUGAUUACAUGCCUUACUGUUUUGAUUCUGGUGUGGAAUUGGAGCGACAAUCUGUACCGCCGAUCCAUAAAUCAUAUUUGGUUCACCAAUAUUUCAUGGACAUCAAAACUUACGAGGUUUAUGAAGCGCCAUUGAAUAAAAGGAUAAAGAAAGUUCGCCAAGCGCAGCCGUGUCUGAUUUUAAAUUACGAUGAAGAAUUUAAGAAUGAAGAAAAAGAUAUCAAUUUAGAAGUUCACUUCAAAGUGCCUUAUAAUAAACCAGUGACAGUAACUAUAAAUAAUUGUGACUUUGUGAAGAAAUUGACGCACUUCACUCUGUAUGGCAGUGUUCUGUAUACUACGGAGUUUUUUAGAGUACUAUUUGAGAAUGCCAAAUCAUUGGAAACAUUGGAGAUAACAGAUUUGCGCGGAAACUUUCUGGUGUUGUCACUCCUAAAGCUCAUGCCUCAAUGUAAUUCAUUGAAAAACUUUUUAUUGAAUACUAAAAUUUUACAAUAUGGCUCACUGUAUAAUACUCUAAGUGACUGUAAAAAUUUAGAAAACAUAUUUUUAAUAAAUCCCUCCAAAGUUGAAAUAGAUUUGCCGAAUCCCAAAAAUUUGUUUAGUAAGUGUGUAAAUCUGUACAGCUUUAGUUUCCAGUCGGACAUGCCUGAGAGACAGAGAGAGAAGACAUUAACUUUGUACAAACGCGUGAGAAGUGAUAUCGGUAAACCAGCUCUUAGUAUCAGAAUUUUCCAGUACAAUAAUGGUCGCGACAAACAAUACAGCCCAUUUUAUAGUGUAUACAAUAUAUACAGAUUAAAACCAAAUUAAUUAAUGUUUUCUCUCUCUGUCUUUCCUAGUUCAAAAUUGGUUCAGUAAUUUUUCCAUGGCAUUGUAUUAGUACUGCUUUUAAGUUGGUUUUUAUUUUUGUGCAAGUUCUUCUUCCUGGCUUUAGUCCUGGUUGCAUCCUCACCACUCUGGAUAGGAGCCCGGGGCAAGCCCCUUGACCAUGGAGCCUAAAUUGAGUGUGUCAGGAUCUACAAGUUUUGUCCCCUUUUUUUCUUUACCUAAAGGCAUCGCUUAGUAUUCAAACAAAUGUACUCAUAACUUUGAAAAUAGUCAUUGGUAAAUGGCCGUCGUGGGAUUCGAACCGAUGUCUUUCCGUGCACCAUGCAUUUUAACCAGGCACCUUACCAAUUCGACCGCCAAUGCUUUUUUUGCUGUCAAUUAUGUCAAAGUAUUUUUAUAGUAUUUGUAAUGUGUAGGUAUAAUUAACUAGUAGUCAUACAUACAUAUGGUCACGUCUAGGUCCCUUGCGGGGUAGACAGAGCCAACAGUCUUGAAUAGACUGAAUGGCCACGUUCAGCUAUUUGGCUUAAUGAUAGAAUUGAGAUUCAAAUAGUGACAGGUUGCUAGCCCAUCGCCUAAAAAAGAAUCCCAAGUUUGUAAGCCUACCCCUUACUCGCCUUUUACAACAUCCAUGGGAAAGAGGUGGAGUGAUCCUUUUGUUUUUUGUAUUGAUGCCGGGAACCACACGGCACUACUAAAACAAUAACUAGUAGUCAUUUAUGCCAAAUCAAUAAUUCAUAUGUAUUUAGAGUGUAAAUUUUCCUAUACAAUUGUUUUUUUUUUUUAAAUCUAUUCUAUUCUUUCACAUAAUCGUUAUAAGUAUACUUAACUGUGCCCGCGACUUCGUCCGCGUGGAAUAGUUAUUUUGGGCAUCAUGGAAGCCCUCAAGGAUGAAUAAUUUUCCCCGUUUUGUUUUUCACAUUUUCCAUAAUUAAUUCGCUCCUAAAAGUUGCAGCGUGAUGUUAUAUAGCCUAAAACCAUCCUCGAUAAAUGGUCUAUUCAACACAAAAAUAAUUUUUCAAUUCGAACUAGUAGUUCCUGAGAUUAGCGCGUUCAAACAAACAAACUCUUCAGCUUUAUAAUAUUAGUAUAGAAAUAUAGAUUUGCGGUAAAUUUGCUGUUAAUUAUGUCACUGUGUACCUAAUACUUUUUCCUUGGUAGUUAUUUGUACAUAGUAGAAAUGUGUAUUGUAUAAUUAUAUUCUUGUUGUUUAAUAUUCUCUUCACUAGUCCUUGAUUAGACUUUUACUAUGUAAAUUUAUACAUUAUAUUUUAUGCAUUUAUAAGGACCAGUCAUUACGAUUAUAUAGGUAUUAAAUUAUAAAUGACAACAAUAUAAUUUAUUGUUCUUUAUUA